CACAAAAGGGGAUGGUUUUGUUCAUGUUGUCGGAAUCUAAAAAAGCUACAAAUUGGGAACAAAUUACAAAGAAACAUGGGAGUGUACAAUGCGUAAAGGGUUUGUUGUGCUGUUAUUCUCUCAUCAGUUUUAUGAAACCAAAAAAAAAAAAGGAUUUUGUUUUUUUUGUCUUGUCUCUGUCACUUACUUGUUGUCGUCCGGCCCAGAAUCCGACAAGACAAGAAAAGGGCAAAUUUUUAUGUUUUCUUUUGUUGGUUCUCAUCAGGUAA